AUGAACAACAAUCAGCAUCCUUCACAGCAACAUAAUUUUGCCAAUCCGGAUAAACUACGACAGCAGCAGCAGCUUUCCCAUCUGUCUUCUACAGCUGCUACCGCCACAAGAACGGGUAGAACCACCGCUGCAAUGGCAAUGCAUACUCCUAAGAGGGCUGGAAUACCAAAUGGGGGCUUCAACGGUUCAGUACGGAAAGAUUCUCAAGAUAUGCUUCAAAUGGAAUACAAUUCUGUGAAGCAGGAAAACGACAAACUCAAAAACAUCAUCACCAAACUCAAACAGGAAAUAGAUGUCUACUCACGGCUGCUCCAGCGCCAGGCGGGCGUGCAACGCCCGCCUGGCGCUGCCCCCCAACCUUCCUCUAUGCCGCUUAUCGAGUCCAUCCUUGUCAGCACCUACAAACGCAGGAAAACAGCUACCGCUGUUGUGUCCAACAACCCCUUCACAACCCCUGAAGCUUCCGCCCGUGUCCUAAAAGACGCCAGCAAGGAUGUUAUGCUCGGAACAGGCUCCCAACCCCUGUCACCCUCCCACAAACCUGCUUCGAUCCCCGCCGUCGCCUUCCCACCGGACGACCUGGCUCCCGAAGACCUCAUGCUUAUGAACAAACUAACAGACGUACUCAAUCGCAUGGAUUAG